AUGGAGUUGAUCAUUGAAGAUUUUAUAAUUAUUCAGCAUCCUUUACAAUUGCGUAAGGAAAUACAUGUGAUAACAGUUUGUCUCACAGUUUACUGUGCAUUAUCAAAAGAAAAUGAAAACAGAAAUGUUGAUUCAGACUCUAAUUUGAGGCAAGCACUCCUCAAAGCUUUAACAGAAUUGGAGAACGAAGAGAAAGAUCGAAACGAAAAUAGUGUACAAAACGAUUCGAAUGAAAAUGUGGUAGAAAAGGCUUCAGCUUUAUCACUUUCAAUAAUUUCCAAUGGAGAAACAUCAGCAGCAUCUAAAACGUCUCCAUCUUCUACAACAGAAAACGUUAUAACGAGCUCUACAUCAGAAUCAUAUAAAGUACUUCUUCAAAAAAGCCAAGCACUCCGACAAGAAACCAUAACGACUAUAGAAAAGAAAGAAGAAGACGACGAAAGUAUUUUAACGAGUGCUUCUAGUAAUUUUGGAGAUCAACAAUUUGGUAAAGUAAAUCAAGCUAAAAAGAGCGAAAGAUUAACUAAUCAAAAUUCAAUAACAUUCAACGAAAAACCAUCAACUAAAAUCAACAAAGUGGAAACAACUUCAUUAGCUCCAAUAGUUUCUACUGAAGAAAACGAAGCUAAGGUAGAAAAUGUACAAUUCUUCUCGGCUCCUUUAGUAGCUGCAUUCACCGUUCACCAGGACGAAUUAGGUUUACCGAAAAAAGUUGAAUCUAUAUAUCGAUCCUCUGUAUUCAACAAAUCACCAGAGGAAAUGAUAAUACAGAACGAACAACGAAUUCAAUUCAUCAAACAACAAGAACAAGCGAAACUAGCUCAACUACAUAAAUUAGAGGAAUUGGGAAGACAACAAGAAAAAUUUCAACUACAACAAAAGCAGAAAGCUUUAGAAGACGAAAUAUAUAGAUUGAAUUUGAAUUUAAAACAACAACAACAGUUUUUCUUAAGACAACAAGAAGAACUUCGUACUAGAAGUAAUAUCCAACCGUUUAUUCCGAUUUCUACGCCUUUAUUGACCACCCCGACACCUCUGUUGAAUCUAGUUCAACAACCUCCUCUUCUAUCUUCACCUAAUCAAGUGUUUAAAUCUCAAAGUGUAGCAUUACAACCUAGUUUAUCAUUGGACCCUAUCGUUCAAGUAGGAAAACUACCACUGAACGGUCAAUUUCUUCCAGUUAAGGCGCCACAAGAUUUCAGGACACCUUUCCCUACCUUAAAUAAUUUCUCUCCUCAAACGUCGAGCUUCAAUCAACAAUUUCCUAACUUUAAUCAGAAUAAUCAAAACGGUAACAGAUUCUUUAGACAAAAUACUGGUUUCGGUAACUUUGGCGUCAACGAUUUUACCAAAAAUACAAAUUCGUUUUCAUUUACACCUUCUCAACAGAUAAAUUUCGAUAAUUCAGUUGAUGGUAACAGGUUCUUUAGGCCCAAUCAAGAAUCUGCUUUAACCAGACCACAAUUCUUACAACCACCUCAACCGACUCAGUUGCAGAAUAAUCGAUUCCUAAGAUCAAACGAUCAAUUGAAAAAUCUACUUUACAAUUCUGGUGCUUUGAGAGGAAAAUCCCAUGAAGAUCUUAGUUUGAUAAGCAAAGUAUUGUCAUUGAAUCAUUUCAACGGACGUAAUCCAGGAAUUUCUCUAAGACCCGAGCUUCAACCGCCAUAUGUGGGGCGUUUUUAAUCGACAAUUUGAGAAAUUAUUUAUUUAUUUUCCAGUCAAAUAUUUAGUCAUUUAUUUUAAGGUUAGAAUAAUAUAGGAUUGCCAUCUUCAAAUUAUAUAACACGUGCUCAAACAGGCUCACAAUUUGAAAGCUUUGAAAUUCAAAAAAAUAUUUAGUAUUUAUUCAGUAGUUUUUUUUUCGUAGUUUUUUAAAUAUACAGAUAAUAAGAACAUUGGAUGGUAUUAAAAUAAGUCCCUAAUGACGUAUGAAACAUUUAUUACAUUUUUCCCAGUGUGUUGCUAUUGAAAAUUACGUGUGAUUCUAUUUGGAAUCGAUUAAUACCAAUACAAAUAUGAAUAUCAAACUAUGAUUUUCAUCCAAAAAACCUUUGAAGCAAUUCAAAAAAAUUACAGCAAAUGUUCAAAAUUAUAUCUCCACAAAACCGUGUCGUUACAAUCAUGUUAAUUUCAAAGAUUGUGUCUGCUAAAUCAAGUCUUCAACAUAACCUUAAAAAAAUAGUCCAGUGGUGACAGAUAUGGCGAGAAGGGAAAAAUUAAUUGACGUAGUCCUUAAAAUGCAUUUUUAAGUGAAAUCCAAUGAAAUGACCAUUGAUAAUUCACACCAUACAUUUGUAACCAAACUUAAUGGAUUCGUACAAUAGUUAGAUAGGAAUUCGUAAGAUUUCAACACCAUAUCUACUGUCAGUACUGCCACUACUGUAUCGGAUGAUUUUGACAGCUGCCACAGAACACAAAAUAAGUUAUUUAAUACUAUGGACAGUUUCUAUAAGUAGUUGUUCCGACUAAGGAAUAUAGAAUGACAACGAUUUUUCUAUCUUUCGAGGUUUUAGCUCGGUUCUGCGCAUUCUUAAGCAUGCGCAGUAUAGAUAAAGUAUAGAACGAGAGAGAAAAUGUACAUUGUCGGCAUGAAUAUGACAUUUGCGACACGUGUUGAUUUAUAACAUAGUUCAGAAAUUUUAUAAAAAUCUACUAUCGCCUAGAAGAGGAUUCCAAUUGAGAACAAUAUCUGCUGCAUUAUGAGGUGGAAUACCUCAUAAUUGAAAAACUCUUAGCACAGUUGUUCCUCGUAGGAGUUUAAAGAGCCCAGAAUGGAUUUUCGUUAAGGCCGCUUGACGUAAUGCAAUACAUCGAGCAAGAAAUUGCGUGCAAGUCUCUGUAAACAGUAAAAGUAAACAAAUUUCUAACCUCAAAUUUUUACUAAUAUUUUGUUUAACUUUACAAUGAAAAUAACGAAGCUUUACGAAAGUCAGCUGAUCUGUUUAGCCAAAAGCAACUUGCAUGCAAUAAAAACGGCACAAAACCGAUAAUGUCAAGAUCUUGCAUGAAACAAUCAACUGUACUUCAUCUGCGCAUGCUUUUCAUCGAAGAAUAUUGCAUUGCACGUUGUAUUGCAACAUGUCAAGCGGCCUUUAGACCAGUAAUGGGCAUUAUAUGUAUUUACUACAGUACUCUCCAAAAUUUUGCAGAGAAAAAACAGUUUAAUCUACUUCCAUUGGUAUGCAAUUUACGAUGAUAAUAUUCAAGAAGAAAAUGAAAAUUGAGGGUUAUGACUUGUGUAUCAUAACUUGGGACAAUCUGUAGAUCGAAUACUAAUUUUGGUUGAGUAUUCAAAAGUACUUUUGGUAUAUUCCAAAACAUGGAACAGUCUAUAACACAACCUAACCUCAACCCAAGUUGUUUGAAUACCUGGCUGUUCAAAGAAAUAUUUACAAUAUAUAUUUCAAAUUAAUUUAUUCAUAAGAAUACUUUUAAAUUGUUGUAUGUACAAAAUAUACAUUAGUUACAUAUACAGUUAUGGCUACUAUAUUUUAAUGAGCUGUUGAAAUAUUUGUUUCAUUUUCUUGUCAUUUUUAUUGUAAAUUUUAUGUAUUUAACAGUGUAUUUAGUAUGUAAUAUAAUAAACAUUGUUUUGUUAACA